AGCCCUUUAUUACUGACUGUCAGGCGGCUCGCUGGAAAUGACAAACGAGAUUGAGGCAGUAGGACCAUUGAACAUGUUAAAUAAUGAACUACACUAUCCGUCUGAAUUUGCGAUUUCUUUAAACUAGAAUCACUGGCCUCCAUACAGUAGGAUAUAUCAGCUAUCUCAUGGACGUAAUACUACGGUUUCUUUUCUAAUUGAGGAGGACUAAAGACAAAUAGUCCUAAUGUGUACUGAAAAUCGCUUGACCUCUUCGCAACCAUAGGCUACUUUUUUGGUUGAAAGGGGACUAUCUUGCCGCGCAUGUGGCUCUGUUCAUAAGGGGAAGUUCUAUUUCUUCGUGGCGAAAAUCCCCCCCCUCAUUUCACUUAAGUAUAACAGCCUCUUUAUAUUUCCCUAAUGAAAAAUAAUCUUUGGAGCAGCUCCCGGGACGUGCCUAUUAUGAUGUCGAGCAAAAGUGUGGAAUGGCUGCAAGAUGAACUGGAAUCCGGAGUGAGCUCGUUGCUCCUGUUGGAUUGCCGAUCGCACGAGCUCUUCGAAUCAUCACACAUCGAAUCUGCAAUAAAUUUAGCGAUUCCUGGUCUUAUGCUGCGGAGGCUGAAAAAGGGGAAUUUACCCAUCCGAUCCAUCAUCCCCAACAACGAGGAUAAAGAGAAGUUUGUCAAACGCUGCAAGACGGAUACGGUGGUGUUAUAUGAUGAGGCCACUUCGGAUUGGCAAGAGAACGGAGCAGCGACCUCGGUUUUGGGACUUCUCCUGCAGAAACUGCGAGAUGACGGGUGCAAGGCUUACUAUCUUGAGGGGGGAUUCAACAAGUUUCAGACAGAAUACCCCGAACACUGCGAAACUAACCUAGACUGCUCCUGCCCCAGUAGUUCACCACCUGCCUCCGUUCUGGGCCUGGGGGGCUUGAGAAUCAGCUCUGAUUGCUCUGAUGGGGAGUCUGACCGUGAACCUGGCAGUGCCACAGAAUCUGAAGGCAGCCCUUUACCCAACAACCAACCAGCCUUUCCAGUCCAGAUCCUCCCAUACCUUUACCUAGGCUGUGCCAAGGACUCCACCAAUUUGGACGUGCUGGGCAAGUACAACAUUAAGUACAUCCUGAACGUAACGCCCAACUUGCCCAACAUGUUUGAACAUGAUGGAGAAUUCAAGUACAAACAAAUCCCCAUUUCGGAUCAUUGGAGCCAAAACCUGUCACAGUUUUUCCCUGAAGCUAUUUCUUUUAUCGAUGAAGCUCGUUCCAAAAAGUGUGGCAUCCUGGUGCACUGCCUGGCAGGUAUUAGCCGAUCGGUGACUGUCACUGUGGCCUACCUAAUGCAGAAGCUCAACUUGUCACUCAACGACGCCUAUGAUUUUGUCAAGCGCAAAAAGUCCAAUAUCUCACCAAACUUCAACUUCAUGGGGCAGCUCCUUGACUUUGAGAGGACACUGGGGCUGAACAGCCCCUGUGACAACCGCUCCCCCAAUGACCAGCUCUUCUUCACCACACCCACUAAUCACAACGUGUUCCAGCUCGACACUCUGGAGUCCACAUGAGAUGCCCUAUCGGGUCACCAGAAGACAGAAGACGAUGACGUGGCCAGGUGGCACCAGCAGCCACUCAUCUGAAUGUUUAUUCUUUCCCAUUACCCACAUGGGAAGCGUUUUGAGCUAACAGCUAAAAUGUUAAAAUGCUAAAGAGUUCAAAUGAAAGGUGCAAAGCUGAUAGGAGUAUGAGGAGGAAGAGGAAAAGGAGAGGGACUGUGGCAAAGGGGCCUUGGGACUGUUGCUCUGAGUAGCUCUUGUUGGAAGGGAUCACUGACCCCUCUUGAAGCCCUGUCUUGCUGCCACCUCUGUGAUUUGAGAUGCAGCUUUUUGCCUUUUGGAAUAGACUGUUCUUUUUGUUCUUAAAUCAAAAAGAAAAAAAGAAGCGAGAGACUGAGUACCACACAGAGCUUCAUACAAAGAAAGGGGAACGGAACUGCAGUGCUAAACUUAUUGUCGUCUAUUGUUGGGAGGGUGCCCUCAACCUCCUGACAUGAAUGGUGCCAAUGUAGUGUCUGGGAUUUAUGCUUUUCUUUCUUCAGAUAAGGUGAUCUCACUCUACUGAAUGUAGGGUCUGAUUUGUUUUUUUCAACAAAGCAAACACAAACGUGCACAUGCAUAUAUAAUGUGUUGGUACAUAUACUUACAGUAGUAUGUGUCAUACACAUUUGUAUAUUUGUAUACAUUUUCACUUCACAUAUACACAUAUGAAAUAAAAAAGCUCUUUUGUCCCAAAUAUAAAUAAUUCAAAGACAGUAUGGCCUGGGUGAAUUCUAGAUUGUAUUUUGAAGAAGACAACAGACCAACAGACAGAAUUGAAAUUUGUAAUCGAUUGUUUUUUUUCUUUUCUCUUUUUUUAGGAUUCUUUUUUUUCUAUGUUGGUAAUGACCUAAUGCAUUUUGCACAGUGGUGAAGCCUUUCACUUCUUGGCACUUAAAACUGGUACUCCACACAGAGAUAAAGAGACAUUCAGAGGGGCAGCCAGUCCUAGGCUGUGACGUGCCCAUGCAGCUGGCCUGGUGCAUGGGUCUGAACUGGUGGAGGGGGGAUGCACUUACUUAAAGCUUAUUGUUCCUUUGCCGCAUACAAAAGAUGGGACCUUUUCUGUCACAGCAACAACAAGCCCCACUUCCUUAAGAGAGAGUGUUUGUUUUGUGCAGGGUUGGAUCACCCUCAGGCCUUUAUUACAAUGAUUAUUACAAUUACAGUAUACAACAAUUAAUUAUAGGAAUUAAAAUAAAAAGCAAAUUUAUUAUUUGUUGUGUAUGAGCUUGCUAUGCUCUCUAGUAUUGGGGCAUAAACAGGUUAGGAGAAUUGACUCAUGGCAGAUGGAAACUGAAUGCUAGGAACUGUUUUUUUAACUGCUUUAGCUGCUGCUGUUCUGCUGAACACGGAUGUCUGCUGGACAGGGCAGCAUAGAGUGUGUAGCAAGAGGGGUUUCUGAAGACAGAAACAUGCAAAUGGUCAGUGUUGGGAGUUGGCAGGGUUGCUUUAAGCAGGCCUUACAUAACCUUUUUAAUUAUCUCUAAUGCUGACUGUUCAAUACUCUUUGUA